CUUCUUCCCGCUCAAAAAGCGUGUCGGUGUGUUUGCCGCCUUUUGCAAGCAUCCUACAUUCUCUACAUUGACCGACUUUGGAAGUAUCGCCCAUGGGCUGUGCAAAAGGGCGGCUCGACUAGGCUCAAAGAGGCGCACGUAUACACAAACCGUGUCUUGGCUACACUAGUCACAUAAUCAUAUGAUCCCAUCCAUCCCUUCACGCAGAUGUCGAAGCCGAAAACGCUUCACAAACAUGACGACAACCACUCCCGCUUUCACUAGGCUCCCUGCCGAGAUUCUCGUCCAGAUCCUCGACCUGCCCCAAGAGCAAGCGUGGCGCGGCCCCAUCAUCGACUUCUCAACCCUCAAAUCCUUCCGCUUCUCCUGCAGAGCGUAUGCCUACGCCCCCUGUGUCCUGGAGAGACUGUUCACCAGGAUCCGCUUCUUGGCGUCGCCGGACCACGUGCGUUCUGCUGAGACCCUCGAUGUGGGACUGAUCAGGCCCUGGGUCAAGAGCAUUGUAAUGCAGCCGGCAAAGUACGUCUGGGACAUGACACGACUUGUGUAUGAGCAGAAUGUAUUCAAUCAGCCGCUGAAAACGCUUCGUCACUGGAAUGAUUCGUGCCACGUAUGGGAUAGUCCGCUGGAUUAUACGGCCCCUGACUUUGAGGCAUGGAAUGUGCUAGGAAGGCCGCAGUUCGAAGAGUUGGGUGUCAGAGGGUUCGUGGACAAGUAUUUGGAGGGUAAAAUGCCGUUCUCUGAGGCCCAGAUCCAGGUCGGGUUUGAGCAGUACAUGCAACAGGCAAACUGCAUGAAGGCGAUGUAUGAGGAACGCCGCGUCGAACAGGCAUGGGCCAAGGUGCUGUCCCAACUCCCCGAUGUCCGCGUGUUCAGCAUAGGCAAGUGGGACCCCGCGUCGUGUAGUAACUACACAGACAUGUGGAGCGACCGCGGCGACGACAUCGACACGCACGCGCACGAUCAGUACGACGGCACAGAGCACUGCAGAGACGUGUGCCGCCAACUCCAAGAACCCGUCGCGAACGCGCUCUUCGGCGCCGCAUUCGCGAGCCUCGCCGCCGCAGGCUCGCUCGUCGAGGACCUCACCAUCGAAGCCAUCGUCGACGGCGGCUACGCCUGGGCCACGAACCCCUCCCUCGCCGCGCUCAACCUCUCCCGUCUGCACUCCCUCACGCUCCUCGCCGUCAGCACACACGAAGAACUCUACGGCUACUGUGAGCCGCGUACCCCCGCCCCCUCCUCCCGCUGCGCCGCCGCCCUCAGCACGCUCCUGCACAAAAGCAGCGCCACCCUGAGGUCCCUCUCGCUGUUCCCCAAACUCCACCCGGACAGCGAUCUCUACUUCCCGCUCCCGUCCACGCGCACCUGCGCCGGCACCCCGCCGCUCCCCGCGCUCGCGCGCCUCGCCACCAGCCUGCCCCUCGACGUCCCGGCCUUCGCGCGCCUCGUCGCCGCCAGCCCGCUCGUCCACCUCGCGCUCGACACCUGCGCCCCGAGCUCCCACGCCGAGUGGCGCCCGGUCUGGGACGCUAUCCGGCACCACCGCAAUCGCAUGGUGCUGGACUUCAAUCACUUGUGCUGCGGGAACUCCGGGGGGCUGUGUUUGACGCUGCAUACGGGGAAUGAGCCGCCUUGGGAGAUGGAUGGGGUGUCGUCGAGUUUGGAGAAGUAUCUGACGGGGGAGGGGGGGUGGGAUGAGGAGUGUAGGGCUCAGUUCGAGAGGGGGGAGGAGGCGGGGAGGGGCGGGAGGGGAGGGAGGGGACGUGGGAGGGGAAGGGGGGGAUGA